CGUGCGUGCAAAGAGUCCGCUAGCAAGGUGCACGUUGUGUCUUGCUACUGGGGCUUCAAGCAAGAGAGAGGUUACACAACAUUCGGCCACGCUGCUUCCCGCACUAAGGAUUUUCGCGUAUCCUCUGCUGAUUGCGGACACUGCCCCUCCGGCUCACGAGAGGACCGUCGCACGAUAAUUCUUGUUUUUGAGCUCUAACAAGACAUGAGAAUGAUUGGCACUGCCUUUGAAGCUGUGGGCGAUCGCAUCCUUGCGAUGUCGAUGAUGUGCAGAUGGUCACCGCAAUGACAAGACGAUCAUUCGAUGGGUCCAACUUCCAAGCCAUCAGAGGUAGCUUGCCGACCAUACCACCCACUUCAGCCAUACCUAACUAUCUAUCCAAUUUCGGCGAGUCGCAGCAUGCAGCCGUCUCCUAGCUCUUAUGAUCAUUCCUACCAGCGUCCGAGGAGAAGAAACGCAGACAGCUUGCAAGGGAAAUUGCCGGUGUUGCUCAGCAUGUCGCCUACUCUGAAGUAGCUAAUCGGCUGCCUCAAGCAACGUCCAUGGUACAAACUUUCGCCAUUUGAAACUUGAGAUCGAUUAUUGAACAAACCAGGAGGAGUUUCUGUGCAGGGAGCAGCCAACCCCCCUGACCUAAACAACCAUGCAAAUACAACCCGCAGCGGACGACAAGACUUCCACUUAGCCUCGCGCUUCGGUUGGCAUUAUUGACCGCUCAUCUACAACCAUCCAAGAUUUCUUCCAAACGUCCUUGCAUGAACUCUCUUCUACGAACCCAUGCCUAUUCCAAUACCAAUACGUCCUGAAUCGGGGAAAACGGGACCCGAUCAAGCACAAGCGGCCAACUGACGACAUUAGCGUGCCCUUGCCCUAAUGUCUAAUGUCGUGUCACCAACCCAACCAAAUACCCCUGCCUGAAUAUCAUGGUAACACGGGCCAACGGGGAAGCCGUGCAUGAAUGUCGUGCAACCAACCCGGCAGAUACGAGCAAGCAGGGCACCGGCAGUGGUCGGUUGUGCAGUUUGGCAGGUCGUGUAACCGCAGGUCCAACGGUGCGUCGUGCAACCAACCCGGCAUACACGAAUGAAUUUUUUCUUGGAAAAAGCGGAAAGAGCCACACACGAAUACGAGCUGUUCGUGGGGUGUAGUCACGUCCCACGUCAUAUGUGCAUCACAUCAUACGAGAAGGGGGAGAAACUGGAAAGCUGAAGAGAAAAGAUAACAAAAUAUCUUGGAAUUGACACAACGCGCGUACAAUCACCGGGGGAAUGUCCGUGGCUCACGACAGGGCAGGGCAGGGCGUGGACGAGGCUGAGGCUGAGGCUGAGGCUUUUUGGGUGUCGCCUUGCUUUUGCAGACUUCUACGACGUACGCACACCCCGGCAGGACAGACAAUCACAGCUCCAUCAUGCUGUAUCUCACUUUACGCUGUCAAUGCGUGGCCGCACCUCAACAGACCCUUGGCGGUCACGGUCACGAUUGGUCUCCGAGUCCAUACGUGACGCGUGCUGCGUGAUGCAACGACCUGAUUCGUCCCAGCGAGCACCGGUGCCUAGGAAAUCGGACGCGGUGAUGCCUGGUAUCGCAAUUCCAGCACCAACAGUUGAGCAGGUCAGCCUGCAAUGUGCUUACAUUGCGUUCAACGCGGCGUCCUCGCGCUACUCGAACAGUAGUGCUCCAUGCACAGAGCAUUCUUGCGGAUCCAAAGGACUACGUACAUACGACCGUCCAGAAGCGAAAGAAGCGAACAUGAAGAUCGGGGGACAAAUCAUUGGAUUUUAGUAGAGACAACAUCCCGCCCAGGAACCUAGCCGCGCUACUAGGUUCAAGCUCUGUCUCUCAAGUAAAUGUUGCAAGUCUUUCCCGUUGAUUGAAAAAAGCAGAUAUCCUCACCAAGUGUAAUGUGCAAGAGCUGGGUUGCAGCAUAAGCGUGCAGGUGUGCAGUAACGCAAGCAAAGC